AUGGCGGCGCUCGGAGGACGGAGGAGGGCAUCAGCAGCCGCCCUCCUAGCCGUGGCGACCCUGCUUGUCUGCCUCGCCGGCCCGGCCAUGGCCGCGGGGAAUAAGACCGGCCAGGUGACCGUGUUCUGGGGCCGGAACAAGGACGAGGGCACGCUCCGGGAGGCCUGCGACACCGGCCUCUACACCAUGGUGAUCAUGUCGUUCCUCGACGUGUACGGCCCCAACGGCAAGUACCACCUGGACCUCUCCGGCCACCCGAUCGCCGCCAUCAUCGGCGACGACAUCAAGCACUGCCAGUUCGUGGGCGUCCCGGUGUCGCUCUCCAUCGGCGGCUUCGGCUCCGGCUACUCGCUCCCCUCCAGGCAGGCGGCGCUGGACCUCUUCGACUACCUCUGGAACGCCUUCUUCGGCGGGUCCAAGCCCGGCGUGCACCGCCCCUUCGGCGACGCGUGGCUGGACGGCGUCGACCUGUUCCUGGAGCACGGCACGGCCGCCGACCGGUACGACGUGCUGGCGCUGGAGCUCGCCAAGCACAACAUCCGCGGUGGGCCCGGGAAGCCGCUGCACCUGACGGCGACGCCGCGCUGCGGGUUCCCGCCGGCGGGCUACCUGAAGCGCGCGCUGGACACGGGCAUCUUCGAGCGCGUCCACGUCAGGAUCUACGACGACGCCGACUGCGAGGCGUACUGGCACCUGAACUGGGACAAGUGGACGGCGGCGUACCCGGCCACCAGGUUCUACGUCGGGAUGACGGCGUCGGAGAUGACGCACGGGUGGGUGCACCCCAAGAACGUCUACUACGACGUCGCGCCGUCCGUGCAGAAGGCGGACAACUACGGCGGCUUCAUGAUCUGGGACCGCUACUACGACAAGCUCUCCAACUACACCAGCAUGGUCAAGUACUAUGCUUGA